UGAGUGGCGCUGAGUAUGGUUUGGACCGAUUGAGGAAUGUACUGAAAACGGCUGACUGACAAGUUUGUAGGUUAACUGACAUUUUGGAACUACAGAACACUAGAACUGAGGAUUUCGAAGAUUUUGAUGCACGAGAAGUUCUGUGGCGUGAAAGCCAAUAUGCACGUUUUUGUGUUAAAUUCAUACUUCUGGCACCAGUAAUACCAAGGAGUAUUUGACGAGGUCGGUGGUUAUCUUGUACAAUUAGGUCUUUUGCAACUUUGCACACAGUGCCAGCUCUGUACGAAAUAUUCCUAGUACUUGUCGAGUCUAAAGUUUAAUGUACUGUUUUGCAUUUACAUUCUAGAUUUAAGAUGUAAAUGAAGGAUAGUUUUAUAAUUUAUAAACUUUCUAUGGUAUGAUUCGGAGGUGCAGUAAACACACACUUCCAGUUGUGUUUUGUAACAACACAUUUUCUUCCAAAGAUGAACAUGUAGGGAUUACGUUUCCUUGGUCAACCUGUCUAUAACACGAAGGACGAAGAUGAAGAGCGUGCAUCCGAACCAUCAGAACAUAUAAACGGACUUUUGCGACGUGUUGGAAUAAUGAGCAGCGGACCAACCAUCGUCUACGAGUGGCUGAAACGGCUUCAGCUUUGCCAGUAUGUUGAGGCGUUUGUUGAUAAUGGAUACGAUGAUCUGGAGGUUUGCAAACAGAUAGGUGACCCUGACCUAGAUGCCAUCGGCGUGUUCAGCCCGCGUCACAGGCAAAAGAUCCUUCGUGCAGUGGAGAGGCUGAGGGAGGAAGAUAGGAAAGUGGCUCCAGGACUUUAUUUCACAUUAGAACCCCUUCCAGGUGUUUCCAAUAUACACUCAUCUCAAGUGAGCGACAGUAAACACAAUGGCUCAAAGAAGCUGGUUGGUACUGCUUGGAAUAUUUCAGGUUUAUCCCCAGGAUUUGGACUGUCAAAUAAUUCAUUUUUAGAUUGCCCUACGGAUCCAGUGACUUACCCUAAACUUAAACUAAAGAUUCUGAUACGGGAUAAACUGGUUAAGGAUGGAGUCGACCUGAGUAAACCCCCCUAUUCAUUUAAGGAUGGCUCUCUGGGCAACCUCGAGGAUCUGGCCAAGGAGUACUCUGAGUAUUACAGCACCUCUUUCAGCAACGUGUGUGACAGGAUGGAAGAACUUCGUAAACGCAAAGUGGCUCAGGAGGCCGAGACUGAAAAGGCAGAGGCAACAACCACAUCACUUCAGCUCCGCUCUGAGAUACAGGAGUCACUGGGUCUAUGCAGUGCUGUGUCCACUCCUGAGGUGGAGAGAAGGCUAUCGAUACACAAGUCAAGCUCCGAAGAUGGAUCUGGAGGGAGAUGGGACACUAGAAAGAAAAAUAAAUCCUUCUGGCAAAAUUUCCGCAAGACACAGAAAGGCAGUAUACGUCAGAUAUCAAAAGGUGAAGAUGUGGGCUUUGUGGCCAGUGAGAUCACAAUGAGCGAUGAAGAACGCAUCCAGCUGAUGAUGAUGGUGAAAGAGAAGAUGAUCACUGUGGAGGAAGCCCUGGCUCGGCUGAAAGAGUACGAGACCCAAAGCAAACAGUCCUGCGUUGUGGACACGACAGAGUGGCUCGAGUCCUCUGGCUCUGCUGUGGACGAGUUGUCCAACUGUAACGAGCAGACGGAUGACGAAAUGGAGGAAUCUGUGGCCUAUCGUAGGCUUCAUAAGCUGGUCAGUUCCACCCGCAGAGUCAGGAAAAAGCUCAUCAGAAUAGAUGAGGCCAAAAAACCCACAUCUAAAGACCUGGUAAGCUCCGAUGUCUCUCCUACGUGUGAGGAGAAUAUGUGUCUCUAUUCGGGCAUGCAGAAACAAGUGGCCAUCUCCCAGGGCAACGGGCUGGCCUCGGUGCCACAGGCGCCGCUGUCUACAGAUGGAGACAUGGAUGUGCUGAUCACGUCUCCCUCCUCCAGUGGCCUGGACACGUACAGCAACCACAAGCUCUUCAAGGGCUUCAGCAAGCCCAGCGGCAGCAGCCAGGGUUCAGGUCAGAUGCUCUCGGGACCCAGUGGGGCCACCUUGGGGUCUGCCAGUGGCUUCUCCACUGCCGAGGUGGAGGGCUGCGGUAAAGACCACCCCAGGAUGGCCCGCUCAGUGACAGACGGGGAGAUGAGACGAACCCUGAGUUCCUCCAACUACCACGGGAGGGCCUGUAGCUUUGGAGGAUUUGACCUGAUGAACCGAGCCAUAUACAUGGGAAACAAGAACUGUGAACCCAGUGGUGAAGGCGGGGCUGGCAGAGUGAGAGGAGCAGACCAGUCCCCUGCCCUCUCCCGCAUAUCUCUGGGGAAGAAGGUCAAGUCUGUGAAGGAGACCAUGAGGAAGCGCAUAUCCAAGAAAACCACUGCGGCUCUUCCUGAGCAGUCAAGCCCCAGCAGAAUGCCUGGCUCACCCCAGUCCCCCUGCAUGGACCCAGACUCCCUGGAGAAGCCCAAACUCAAAGCUGGAGGCUCUGUUGAGAGUCUAAGGAGCUCACUGAGUGGACAGAGCUCAAUGAGUGGUCAAACAGUGAGCACUACAGACUCCUCGGCCAGUAACAGAGAAAGUGUGAAAUCGGAGGAGGGUGAAGAUGACGAGCUGCCCUACAAAGGGCCUUUCUGUGGCCGGGCCCUAGUACACACUGACUUCAUCCCCAGCCCCUACGACACAGACUCCCUCAAACUCAAGAGAGGAGAUGUAAUUGACAUCAUCAGUAAACCACCCAUGGGCACCUGGAUGGGCCUGCUGAAUAACAAGGUGGGCACCUUCAAAUUCAUCUACGUGGACGUGCUGAGUGAGGAGGAGAAGCCCAAACGCAGCAUCCGGAAGAGGAGGAAGGGUCGGCCACCCAAGCCCACCUCCGUGGAAGAGCUUCUGGAACGCAUCAACCUCAAGGAGCACAUGCCCACGUUCCUGUUCAAUGGUUAUGAGGAUCUGGACACGUUCAAACUGCUGGAGGAGGAGGACCUGGACGAACUGAACAUCACAGACCCACAGCACCGGGCCGUGCUGCUCACCGCUGUGGAGCUGCUGCAGGAAUAUGACAGCAACAGUGACCCUGAGCGUGGAGGGUAUUCAGGAGACCUUGAGGAGAAGGUUCUGUCAGAAAGCCAGGUUCUCCCAGGCGAUUCACCGCGUGACUCGGGCUGCUUUGAGAGUAAUGAGAACCUGGAGAACGGGAGGUGCAAAAAGACGUCUCAUUUAAGCAGGUCAUCGUCAGGCUUUGAGUCCAGUCACCUCCCGUCUCCUGAGUACCCCACCCCUCCCCUGAGCCAACCCAGCCGGACCAGCAUACAGAGCAGAUCCCAUCCACAGGACCUCCUGCACCCUUUCAAAAUGACCACCAUCAAAGGCCUUUGCUUUGGGGCGAGCCACUGCCUGACCAGAGCGAAGCCCCUGAGCCAGAGCUUCGACAGGCUUGUUUGCCUCCCUGCUCCCCGGGGCCUGUGGAAGCGUUGCCUGUCAUUGGAUGACCUCCUUCCAUACCAGGUCCGCCAUAGGAAGGAGACCUACAGACCAGAGGACCCAAGGUGUAGCCCUGUUGAGACGCAAGGUCUGGCUAAAACUGAAGCUUCAUUUCUGGAGAAGGCUCGGACAUGUGGCAACCUAAAGGAUGACUCCAAAGAGCCAUUCACUGGAGACCAGCUGCCUGUAACCUAUCUCAUAGCAGGAGUGGAGGGUGAGGAGGUGCUGGAGGGGGAGGAUGUUGCUGAAGCAUAUCCAGAAGACCCUCCUCAGUGCACACAGCGCAUAAAACCACCAGUUCCACCUAAACCUCUACCACUGCCAUUUGUAAAGGACAAAGAGGUGGGCCCUGACAACAGAGACGUUUCCCCAGGCACUUCUCUUCCACAGCUGUCAGAUGCUACACCUAAUAUUCCUCGCUUCAGCAAACCUUUCAUCCACAGGCUGGGAAAGAAAGUUCCAUAUGGCAAAACAGUCAGUCUGGAAUCAGUGGUUGAAGAGAAGCUGAGCUCAGAUGGUAUUGACCUCACAGAGGAGCCAUACUCUGAUAAGCUUGGCCGCUAUGGGGUCCCUUUCUCUCUCAUCCAGAGAUACUCUGAAGACCUGGACAAGCCUUUGGGUGAUAUUGCCACAGUCAUGGACCACACCAGAAUCCAGCAGCUUCGCAAACAGCAUCGCAUGGCAAUCCCACUGAGAGGUUUAUCAGAGAUUUGUGUGAAACUAUAACCCCUGUGUUGAACAUGGUAUUGAUAGUGGAUGCCCAAGUCUUCUGGAUUACACCCAUCAGUCUCUAGCAAGGAUUGCCUGGUCCAGUUGCUCCCCUUCUCUGCCUCUGGGUGGAUCAUACAGAGAACAACCAUACAUUAAUCACUGCCGGUAGGCCACAGUAGCAUUCUGUGAAGGAUAUGAAUACAGAAUAACUGACACCAGAAUGUUUUAAUGGGAGUUUGAAUGUCAGUCUUUUGUGAAGGAAAUAUUUCCAAAUGCUAAUAAAGCUAACCAUUGGUAAUGCCAGUUUGUCAGUGGUAGAAAUAUUCUCUUGGAGAUUCUCAAUGUGUCUUUUUGAAAGGUAAUUUAAAGGAUAUGUAGUUUUUAUUGCUUUAGUAUUAGGUUGUCAAAACACAUAUGCGAAAUUCUUAACUGAGGUUACAUCUGUGCCAGCACUGCUGCAUCAUUUUGGAAACUUCAAUUUUAAACAUGGUGUACAAUUCAUUCAGACAAAGAAACAAGGUUGUGCUAAACCAUUUAUUUUAGGCAGAGAUCUGUAUUUUCAAAGCUGUUUCCUUCAAACUAAUGCUAACUGUGUAGUAGAAUGUUAAAAAUUGUGAACUCUCACUGUUAGCGUUUGUAAAUACAAAGUAGGAGCUCACAAUACAGUGAAUGGUGAAUUUGCAUUUGUUUUAAAAUGUUUUUUUCUCUCUCUGAUCUGGUUUAAUGAAUAGUAGAACAGUGAUUAUAAUAUGGUGAUUACUGACAUUUUGGAUAUAUAAUUAGAAUUCUUAUUCCCAGUGAGACACUGCACAAAUGUACAUGUUGUUUUUUUUUUGCUGUUGUUUGGGGGGGGGUUGGGGGGUUCUUUGAUUGUGUGGGUUUUUGUUUGUUUGUGUUCUUAUAUCAUUUUAGGAUUUUUCUGAUAAAAUAACUCACCUGGCUCUGCUUGAUGGCUAAAAAAUUAACCCCUUAGUCAGUCAAUCAGUCAUGUUAGAACAUAGAAAAGACAAGACAAUAAUGUGCACGUCUCUUCAGGACUGGGAUUGAGGAUCAUUGCUUAUCUUUCUUCUUAAACUAAUCAGAUAUCUUAUAGUAAAACAAUUCGGUGUAGAUUUUUGCAGGUUUUUUUUUUGAUAAGCAUGUUUGCUAAGUUUUGAAAAGUGCUAUAUUUUUGUUCUCAGAAAUUUUCAUUGUGAAACUGCAUAUUUAUUUUGUGUUGUAAUAAAGGGUGUAUGAUGCUGUAAUGUAUCACAAACUUUAAUCCACUGAAAUGCCUUUAAUAUCGAGGGAAAUGAUGCCCUUUUGUGUGGAUUAUAUAAAUGGAUUAAAUUGCUUGUCGGCAACAAUGUAAUUAAAAUGAUAAACUGAAGUAAAAGUCA